UUGCGUCGUUGCUGGGAGCGCGUACUUCUGAAGAAGCUACCUGCUGCGUGCGGUGCUGCAUUCCGUUAGAAGGGAGGAGAGGGGGAGGAGACCAUACCAUCCACAAACGAUGGUGAUGGUGGCAGUCAAUUUGCGUCGUGGCGGGUGAACGGUGUGCACUGUGGAUUCCCGGUGCCAAGUCGGAGACCCUCUGGAUACGACGGUCGUCGCAAGUGUGAACGGUGCCCGAAACGCGAACACCCUGGAUCUCAAAGUGACUUCGUCGGGGCUGCCCUCCACCAUGGGCAGCGAGCCUGCAGCAGCGGCUGAGAGACCUCAAGUGAAAGCCAGUGAAUCUCGAAGGGCUACAAAACCCAUUAUGGAAAAGAGGCGACGAGCCAGGAUAAACCAAUGCCUCGGUGAACUGAAAGCCCUCAUUCUGGACGCACUCAACAAGGACCCGUCGCGACACUCGAAGUUGGAAAAGGCGGAUAUCCUGGAAAUGACUGUGCGACACUUGCAGAACAUCCAGAGGCAACACAUGGUUGCCGCCAUUUCGACCGACCCCGUAGUGAUGACCAAGUUCCGGGCCGGUUUCACCGAAUGCGCCAACGAAGUUAGCCGCUACGUGAUGCGCAUGGACAACGUCGAACCUAGUCUGCGUCAGAGACUCGUCAACCAUCUCGCCCAGUGCGUCAACGGUCUCGGCGGACCCCUUACCGGAAACCCUUCGAGCCCCUUCUCGUCCCCCUUUCCUGGACCCAUGCUCAUAUCCCCGCUCAGCGUCCAGAUACCCGGUGGCGACAUCAACAACAACGGCUCCAACGGCACGUCGGCGUCGAGCAACAAAGUCCUCGGAGGCUUGCCCCUCAUCCCCAGCCGCCUACCGAACGGAGACCUCGCCUUCGUGUUGCCCACGCUGGCGUCAUCGUCGUCGAUGCCUUCGAACUGGGGACCCCCGACGCCUACGAGCACGGCGACGCCUACUUCACCCAACCCGCCUCGGUCGCCCCCCAGGACCCCGCCGUAUGCGAGGCGGACGCCUAGUCCAGCAAGUAGCGUGGACAGUGCCCUCAGCCCCAUCGGCAGCUACUGCGAGAGUGAUGCCGGUUUGGACGGAGAAGCCGGUUCGACAUCACGGCCGUAUGACGGCUUUCGAGAGCAACGGAGGCAGCAUCCUCACCAAGAUGAAUUUCAUCAACUCCAGUUGGGAGACAGAGACGAUAGCGUUUGGAGGCCGUGGUAAUUGAAGAACGAUUGGCUGUUGUUAUGUAAAAUGUAGAGAUGUACGAUGUACAUAGAAUGUAUGAAGGAAUGUUUGUACGAUAUGGCAGAAUCAAUUGUUCAAUAUUUGAAAUAUGUGCAGAAAUGCGGUGUGCGGUUGCCGCGAGCUCAGUUUAUUGUUGCAAUUUUUGUCACGCUCUUAUAACAAUGUUGGACAAAGACAUGGUAUACAGAUUGGCGUGCACUUCAAGAGCACAAGGGCAGUAAGGAGAGAAACUAUGUUUACCGUGUAUAUUCGCGCGAGCGACAUUCCCCAAUACUCUAACGGCUAGCUCUAACAUAGCUUUCUGCUGCCACGAAAGUGCGAACGCUCACUAUAAGGCGACACGUCACAUCGUUUAAAUGAGCAGGCUUUGUUUAUCUAGGUGGCGCUGGCACUGCUAAGCUACAAGAUAUUCAGUAGCAGACGACAGGAAAAGACGCAUGUGCGGUGUCGUCUGCUAACGCGGCGUCCUCUAAUAUUCCGGUACCGCGCGAACGUUCAAGGUAACUUGCGGUGAAACCUCUGCUCCGUGAGCACUUGUUUGCGUUUUCUUCCACUAGAAUAUUCCGUGUGAAUGCCGCUUGUGUGAAUACACAACUAAGAGACUACAAUGAAGAAAGCGUAAUUAUUGCCGCUGACAUCGUUGACGUGUCUCAUCCAGAGGUACGAGCACCAGUUAAAUCAUAGUUGCAACAUCUGUGCCAAUCUCGCCUUAGAAACUGGAAAGUCUUCCGUUUUGAAUAGACUGCAUUGUUAGAACACUUGUACAUACAGUAGCCAUUCCUGGCAUGUAAAGUUUCUGUUGCUACACGAUUUUAUGUCAAAAUGUCGUUUUUAUAAUGACUUAUUCCCUCGACUCGAAGCGAUCUCAUUCAAUGUUGAAGCUCCAUAUUUCCUCUCUGUUGACCGAGUCGAAUCGAGACCGGCACUUGCGCAUUUACCAAUGUGCCUUAUUUGUUUUUACGUGUUUCAAGUUGUCGUUUUUCAUUCUCGGUGCACUGUCUCACAUAUUUCCAUGUUGUACAUAUAUAGGCUAUUGUUCGAACUCCCAUGUUGUACAUACGUUACUGUUCGAAAUUGCGUGUGAAUGGGUACAUCUUACUCUGUCAUCGAUAAGAGGUAUUUCGCUGACAAUAAAAUAUAUAUUUUCACUUUGA